AUGGAAAUUCAGGUGCGGACAGAUGGCCCGCCGCCGAGUAAACGACGCCGGAUUGCCGCCCCUGUGAAGCCACGCACCACGGCCUACAUCGAUCUGGAGAAUUGCGGCGAGGAGGACGAUGGGAAUCUUCGGAGGCUCAUGGUGGCUCUACAAAAGAAGAAGAAGAUUGUCGUCAUUGCAGGUGCCGGCAUUUCCGUAUCCGCAGGGAUUCCCGAUUUUCGCUCCUCGACAGGCUUGUUUGCGACUCUCCGCGGGCAGCACAAACUCAAGGCGUCCGGAAAACAUCUCUUCGAUGCGUCAGUGUAUAAACACGAUUCGUCAACCGAGUCGUUCCACACCAUGGUUCGCGAGCUGGCUCAAAUGACGUCCGACGCGAAGCCAACACCAUUUCACCACAUGCUAGCGUCCAUCGCCUCCGAGGGCAGACUUAUGCGUAUGUAUAGCCAGAACAUCGAUACCCUCGACACCCAAAUGCCGCCCUUGGCGACCACAGUUCCUCUCAACACCAAGGCGCCCUGGCCGACAACCAUCCAGCUCCACGGUGGACUAGAGAACAUGGUGUGCACAAAAUGUGCCCACCUGGAACGGUUCAAUGCAUCCUUGUUCGAGGGCCCCGAGCCUCCACUGUGCGAGAAGUGCAAGGAGCAGGACGAGGUGCGGACUGCGUUUGCUGGGAAGCGGAGCCAUGGAAUCGGAAAGUUGCGCCCGAGGAUCGUGCUAUACAACGAGUACAAUCCGGAUGAGGAAGCCAUCGGAAAUGUGUCCAAGGCCGACCUGCGGAGGGUUCCCGACGCCGUUAUUGUGGUCGGCACGAGUUUGAAGAUUCCUGGGGUACGGAGGCUCGUCAAGGAGAUGUGUCAGUUGACAAGGAGUAGAAGGGAUGGAAUCACAGCCUGGGUCAAUCUCGACCCAGAGCCGCAAGGCGUCGAUUUCAAGGACUGCUGGGAUCUCGUCGUACGCGGGAAGUGCGACGAUAUCGCAGAGCUCGUCAAUCUGCCACGCUGGGAUCAGCAGGAUAUUGGAGACCGCGAGAGCUACAUGGUCACCGGUGACGAGGCGAAGGAGAAGCGGUGCACCGACGGCCUGAAUCGCGAUAGGAUCGACGUUCUUCUCGAGCGCAAGAGGCUGAGAAGAGCGGAUGAUGAUGGCAUUGUCUCCUCACAAGAGGCGCAGACACCUGCAGACCGAAAAUCCAAACUCCUCGAGCACGGCGGCAUGCCCACCCCGAGCGCGAGCCCACGCGUUCGCAGCCCUCUCCCCACUGUCAAGCCGGUGACCAAGGGGAAAUCGAAGCAGGGCACCCUCCCGUUCGGCAAAGGGGGCGUUUCGACGAGCACUCAACCAAAAUCUGCUGCCCCCAAGCGGAAGCCCCGUCAACCCAAGAAGGAAGCGACAAGACCGAAAAACAGGCUCGACCAAACCUUCCGUGCCACCAAGGUCGCCGCGGCAGUACCGCUCAAAGACGUCAAAACCCCUCAAAAACGACCUACCUCAGACCCGGACUCGUCAGAUCUGUCCUCCCCCAUCGACCUGCCAGCCGACUUCCUCAGCCUCCCUUCGUUGCGUCCCAAGAACAAGGUCAUCAAAUCCGCCCCGCUCACCGUUCUCACCGGUCCCCCGAACACCGAUAAGGGCGGUGCGGUUCGCCGGGCCGGAGCGGAGAAGCCCGGGAGCGGGGAGGAGAACAUGUCGAGCAGCCCCCCGACCACGCCCGCCGACGAGACCAACCCCGCGUCCCUGGGCACCAUCUCGCCUACCUCGAAGCCGAGGAGCAUGAGCCAUCUCAUCGAUUAG